AUGUCAAGGGAAGGGUCGAAUGGGGGUGAUGAGACAAAGUACCAUCUUUUAGGGCCAAAGUUGUAUCUGAUUGUUCUGGCACUAUGUCUUUCUGUGAUGCUUGUUGCGCUGGACAAUGCCAUCCUUGCCACAGCCAUUCCGACGAUCACGACCGCUUUCGACUCCUUGAAGGAUGUUGGUUGGUACGGAAGUGCCUUCCUGAUCUCCAUCUGUGCAUGCCAACCAUUGGGCGGCAAAAUAUACCAGCAAUUUUCCCUAAAGUGGACUUUCCUCGCAUUUCUCUCUAUUUUUGAGCUCGGUUCCCUAAUAUGUGCUGUCUCUCCAUCGUCCGUUGUCCUCAUCAUUGGGCGAGCUGUUGCUGGUAUCGGAGCCUCGGGGAUAUUUUCAGGAGCCCUGAUCAUCAUUGCCCAUUGCAUUCCUUUGAAGACAAGACCUGUAUAUACUGGCUUGAUAGCCUCUAUGUUUGGGGUUGCAAACGUCGCAGGGCCAGUUCUUGGUGGUGCUCUUACUCAGCAUGCAUCCUGGCGUUGGUGUUUUUGGGUCAACCUCCCCUGCGGUCUUGUCACCGCAGCUCUCCUAUUCUUCCUGUUCACCUCUCCCUCACGGCCUGAGUCAGAUGUUUCUCUCCACCAAAAAUUACUCUCUUUAGAGCUUCCUGGCUUCCUUCUCUUUAUUCCCACAACAGUCAUGUUUUUGCUCGCUCUCCAGUGGGGUGGUACAACAUAUGAUUGGUACUCUGCAAAAAUAAUUAGCUUGUUGUGCUGUUCGGUCGUCAUGAUGACGAUAUUUGCGGCAUGGCAGUGGCGUGAGGGCGACCGUGCUAGUAUUCCUCCUAAUGUAAUCGGGCAACGGACCGUAGCGAGUAGUGCGGUCGUAGCCUUUCUUGCCAUGGGAGGUCUGCAGCUUACGACCUAUUAUCUACCAAUUUGGUUCCAGGUAAUCAAGGGGGUGAGUCCAACUAGGAGUGGACUUAUGUAUUUGCCCAGCGUGUUCGGUAAUAUGGCACUCUCGAUUUUUGGCGGAAUAUUCGUUACAAAAGUAGGAUACUAUAACCCGGUCCUAUUCUUGGGGAGUGGUCUCGUCGCCGUUGGCGGUGGUCUAUUAACAACGUGGAAACCGCAUUACGGCGCUCCGUACUGGAUAAGUAAUCAGCUGCUCUCAGGUGCGGGAUUUGGCGCCAUAAUUCAAACCCCUCUGAUAGCUGUACAAGCUGUAUUGCCUUUGAAGCAAGUCUCCACUGCAACUUCCACCCUUGUCCUUUGUCAAUUCUUAGGCGGCUCUAUUUUCCUCUCCGCAGCACAGAAUAUUUUUGCAUCUAAGCUCAUCGGCUCUCUUUCGCGUAUUCUUCCUCCUGAUGUUGCCGAAGAAGUUCUCAGGAUCGGCGCUGUUGGUAUAAGGGAAGUAGUGUCGCCACAUCAGCUCGAUGAAGUUAUUUUGUCGUAUAAUGAUGCCAUUGUAAAUACAUUUUGGAUCGUGAUGGCAAGUGGAAUUGUAGCCUUGGUGGCGAGUUUUGGUAUGCAGUGGAAGAGUGUCAGGGGUGUGAGCCUUGUAGCUGUCUGA